AUGCUCACCCGAAAACGAAAGAAAUCAAUGAAAAUUGAAAAAGCUGAAAGUGAUGACCAUACCACUUUCCAUAAAUCCGAUGAAAUCAUUGCUAUUGAGGAUUUAUAUAUAACAUCAUCGUCAAGCGUUUGUUCAUCAAGUUGUAAAAAGAAUAAUUCAGAAUUUAUGAAACAAUUCAAAAUGGAAUAUAAUUUAAUUAAAGAGUAUAGAAUGGCAAAUUUAAAUGCACCUGUGGAUACAAUGGGUUGUGCUUCUCUUUCGGAUAAAGAUGCUGAUGAAAAAGUUCAAAGAUUUCAAAUUUUAGUAUCACUCAUGUUAAGCUCACAAACAAAAGAUGAAAUUACGGCAAAAGCAAUCAAGAAAUUGAAGGAUAAUAAUGCACUCUCUGUGUCUCAAAUGGAUGAACUGUCAGAACAAGAAAUUCAAAAUUUAAUUUAUCCAGUUGGAUUUUACAAACGGAAAGCAACUUAUUUAAAGAAAGUUUGUAAAAUUUUAAAAGAAAAGUAUGAUAGUGACAUUCCCAAUGAUGUGAAGGGUUUGCAAAGCUUGCCCGGUGUUGGUCCAAAAAUGGCAUACCUUUGUAUGAGCACAGCUUGGAAACAAGUGGAGGGUAUUGGCGUUGACACACACGUACAUAGAAUUUCGAACAGAUUAGGUUGGGUACACACAGAAACACCAGAACAAACACGUAAAGAAUUAGAAUCGUUUCUUGAGAGAGACGAAUGGGAUGUCAUCAAUCACAUGUUGGUUGGAUUUGGUCAAACCAUUUGUAAACCAAUUGGACCUAAAUGUCUUGAUUGUAUUGUCAACAAAACAUGUCAAUACUAUCACAGUAAUAAGGAUAAAAAGUCUCCCAAAAAGAAAGUGAAAAAAGAAGAGGAAGACUUGAAUUCUCAAGACGAUCAAGAAUAA